GCCAUGCACAUGCUUGGUAGAUCUUGUCCCUAUUGCGAAUCUCUGCCUGCUGCGGUCCGAGCUGCAUGGAAGCUUUCCUCCUUCUAAAGGUAAAGAAUGCAAUAGUAGGUUCGUCUCUCCCUGUUCCAGAGCGAGGCAAAGAGUGAAAGAUGGAGGCCAAGAGGAAGCCCAGCCCCCAAGGGGCAAGUUCCUUACCAAUCAUGUCGACAGGAGAAUCCCCUGCGAAAGGCGAGGACUCAAGCUUGCCGUCUGCGGCUGUCCCUCCUCCUGUUGCUGUAGCGAUGGAUUGUGAUUCUCCGUCAAAAAAUGGGGCGAAUCGGGAUAUAGAAAUCCAAAAAGGCGAAGAUGCCGCCAUGCCAAAGGCGGACGGUGAUCCAAUCUUGCCACCUAUGACUAAUACCGGUAAUUCUCGUGUAGUUGAUCCGACUGGGGCCUUGUUGGCGUCAUUCAUUCAAAAGACGGCCCCAUCAAGUACUGAAAUCGCCCAUCGAGCAAUCGAUGAAAUUGUGGCGGGUGCUUUGUCCGCAGUUCAAGAUUUGCCCACUGAACUAGAUCCUACAAACCACCACCACCAAAACAGCAACAAUAACAUCCCCUCCGAGCCAGGGGCAUAUGCCAUGGCUCCUAUUGCAGGGGACAAUGGGACACCCACUACCAACAUGAAUGCUGCCAGGCCGAAUUUAUCACAAGAGGCAGCAGUCCCUGAAGACACCGAUACAACUUCGCCGUUGCAUGAUGCUGAGUCAGGUCUAGCCGUUGCCAAGCCAGUGCGAUUUCACGAGAUGUCUGAAGACUUCUUGCCCCAUGCAGAAGAACUGGAAGAAAGCGAAAGGCAGACAUCAACAGACGAGAAUUCAAAUAGGAAGAAGCUUCAAAUCGUUGGAGGCGUGUUCCUACUCGCCGUGUUAGUAGCUAUGAUUGGUGUUGUGGCAAUGGCCAGCCAGCAAAGCUCACGAUUCGACAUUGCGACAGGCAAUGAAUCUGAAGAGUUGAUUCCAUCCACAGAAACCCCUUCGACUGCACCCACAAUGGUUGCUGAUGCCUGGGCAGGGCUUCCGGAAAGCACAAUCCUUGCCCUAGAAGACCCAAUGACUCCACAAUCAAGAGCCUAUGAAUGGAUCAUGAAUGAUCCCAACAGAUCAUCCUACCCUGACUGGAAAGUACUACAAAGAUUUGCCUUGGCUGCUAUUUACUAUAGUACUGGUGGGGAAGAAUGGAAUCUACAGAAGGACUGGCUCAGCUACACUGUGGAUGAAUGCUCUUGGUAUUUCAGAAGUCUCGUAGGUGGUGUUGAGGACUUUUUCCUCUUUGAAGAAACUGCAGAAAUGACCUCAGAGGUUGAACAUGUGCACUCUGCCUGCAGCGAUGAUGGGCAGUACCUUCAUUUAGUCUUUACGGAGAACAACAUGUAUGGAACUCUUCCACCAGAGCUCUCUAUGUUGGACUCUCUGAAGAUUCUGGAAGUUGGAGCUAACGAGAACCUCUAUGGCUCGGUGCCAUCAGAGAUUGGCCUCAUGACAAGCCUGAAGAGGUUCUAUACAGACCGCAACCAGCACACUGGUCAGAUCCCAACUGAACUUGGUCGACUUUCUCAGCUUGAGGAGCUUGACCUCAGCAAUAACCUCUUCACUGGAUUUAUCCCAAGUGAAAUUGGUAAUAUGGAAGCCCUGAGCUUCCUAAACUUACGAUAUUGCUAUGACAUGACAGGCACCCUUCCGACGGAGCUCUACAAGUUGACCAACAUGGUCACCUUCCAAGUUCAGCAUUUGGAGAAGCUUAUUGGUGGGGAACUGCUCCCUGCGAUUGGACUGAUGACAAACUUGGAAUACUUCAAUGUCCAUCAUGUUCCGUUCAAGAGCUCUAUUCCGACAGAAAUUGGCUUGCUCUCUAGCCUACGUCGACUAAAUCUGUGGAAAUGCAGCAUCACAGGAACUCUCCCGAGUGAGUUGUUCCAACUAACCAACAUGUGGAGGCUAGACAUUGAUGACAAUGAAAUCACUGGAACUAUCCCAACAGAAUUUGGACUAUUUACAGAUUUGACCAUGGCAUGGAUGAAUGGGAACAGCUUCUCUGGGACACUUCCUGCCUCCAUUUUGGAUAGCUGGGGACAGCUGUCAUUUCUCAAGAUUCACAACAACAAUCUAGAUGGUUCACUGCCGUCCGAGCUUGGUCAGUUGACCUCUCUGAAACUCCUGUGGCUGUCUCAUAAUCAAUUUUUUGGGACUAUCCCAUCACAGCUAGGGCUGCUGAACAAUGUGACAGAGCUGUUCCUCCAUGGUACCAAUAUCAGUGGUACCAUCCCCGAAACCUUAACAAAGAUGGACGGCUUGGAGAUGCUAACGGUAUCCAAUACCUCACUGACUGGGUCCAUUCCCAAUGGCCUCUGUGACCGAAUCUGGGACAUGACCCAUACAUGCAACGUUUACUUUGGUGGUAUGUGGAUAUUCUGCGAAGAUGUGGAGAGGGCCAACUUUACCUGCUCAUCUACAAGUCUUUGUGGCUGUGAUGCAUGUGGACCUUGCAACACUUCAACGAUUGGCAGCUAGUGCCAGCAUUUUUAUAACUUUUCAUUUUUGUAUAGAUGAUUUUGAAUGCC